GUAUCAGAGAAGAUGGUAUUAGAGAAGAAUGGUGUUUAAAAAGAGUAGUGUUGAAGAAGAGAAAAGGUGGUAUUGGGAAGGAUGAUGUCAGAGAAGAGUGGUAUUUGGUUGGAAAGAGAAGAAUAGUGUUAGUAUCAGGAAAGGUUUAUAUUAGUGUAUAA